UUAGGAUGUUUUGAUGGAGAGGAGUAGGGUAUUUCCCCGAAAUGUCGGAAUAGGAAGUCAUAUUGCCGAAAAUAUAACCAAGAAAUCAACGCCCUAAUGACUAAGGUAGAUUCCAGAUUCGCCAGUAGAUUGUUCCAUUCCUCACGUGAACUGGACAGAUCGAUUCGGAUCCGAAGACCGAAGGUGGACAAAACUCUAAAACUAACCGGUGAAGAAAAAUACACGGUAUGUAUUGAAAAAGUUUCAGUACCCAUUUGGAAGCUUUUCUAUAACACUCUCCUCUCCUGAGAGAAAUUAAGUUGAAACUGGUGUCGAAAUUUUGAAAGUUAUCAGUUUGGUUUUCAUAAAGGGUCUUGCUCUCAUAAAGGGUUCUCGCUCUCGAUUUAAUUUGGUUCAACUCUCUUUUUCCUAAUAGAGGGGUUAAGUUUCUAAAGAAACUGUGGUACGUCGGUGGGAGAGUAUAACAGGUAAUUUGAUGUUAACAACUGAGUUUGAAACGUAAAUUGGCCACCGUUAAGAGUUAAAAGGCUAACGCCCGAAACGUCAGCUUUUAACUCUUUACAGUGGUCUCUUUUUCCUAACUUGAUUUCAUAGUUUAUAUCUCAGUGGGACUGCGAUCAGUAUUCCAGCGCAUAAUAUUGUCAUUUAACCACAUCAAAUCAAUCAUUUGAGGGAUUUUACAUACUGUAAAAUCAUUUGAUUUUGUGUAUAUUCAGAGUGCUUUGCCAAGAUUAAGGGAACUGCUCCUUUCUCUGCUAGUUGUUGUAUCUAAAUCGCUUGACUUAGUUUUUCAACUUUGCACCCACUUAUAACGUUCUGAAAGAAUUCAACCUUAUUUAACACUAUUCCUACAUUAGACAACCAUGUUUGAAAUCACCAAAACAUCAUGUCAUCCUGAAGUGAAGGGCACUAAGAAUUGAAUAAGUGGAGCUCUGAUUCUAGGCUCAGGUAUAAAACCAGAUGUAGAUACUGAUAUAUUUUAAAACAGCUUGAAAGUUGGGUUCUAUACCUUAAGAUUUGAAAAAAAAGUAUUUAAAAACAAAGAACAUUUAGCAGUAACAUUAGAAGCUAUUUUAAAACUACAGAAGCAUAAUCAGUUCUUUUUAAGACUAUGGACAGGUUUUCCAACUUUAUGGCUUUCUAGGUGUAAGACCAUGAGACCAGGAACUGAGUUUCUCCACGAGAAUUAGGAGAUCUGUUGUGGUUAUGGUACAAAUAGAGUUCUUUUGAUCAGAAUUAGUGCCCCAUACAUAGAGUUACUAGAUUUUAAAUUCCCUUUAUUCUUUGCAUUGAAUGUACAUGUACAGCUCUAAACAUUAAAAAUUGUUUAUUGCUCUUUCUUGAAGGAACACAAUGGUUAGUGAUGGUCUUGAGCUAUAGAAGUAUUCAGUUGAGAUAACAAACAAGGAUGGCUUGUGGGGGAGGAUUUGAAUUUAUAAAUAUUGUGCCAAAGAAGCUACCAGUUACCUCAGAAAAUGGAGUGGUGAUAGUUGACUUGACAUCAUAUGAUCCGGUAACCUCUGAAGAGUUUCCUGAAUUCUCAAGCAUCCAGGAUCUUCAAGAUUUGAGAUUUUUCUCCAACUACCUCAAAGAAAUUCCUGAACAGUUUUUUGAGAUCAACCACCACCUUAAAUCUCUGUUUAUGUGUUGUAGUACCAUCAAACCAGACAAUGGUCUUUUGCGACUGCCAACACAUUUUAACUACUUUUCUCACCUGGAAGAGCUUCAUUUAGUUGGAAAUCACUUUGAGGGGUUUCCUUUGCCUAUUUGUAACCUUGGCAAUAUUAAGACACUGUACAUGGAUAACUGCACUCUCACAAAGAUUCCCAAAGAAAUUAAGAACAUGUCAAGUCUUGUGGUUGUGGACUUCAGCUAUAACAGUUUUGGUAAUCCUGACAGUUUACCAAAAGAAUUUUUCCAAUUGCCAAAUGUCAAGGAUUUAUACUUAAUAGAUUGUCAGUUAAACGAGCUUCCCUCAGACAUAGGAGGAUUAAGGAACCUAGAAGGCUUAAGAAUUGGAAAGAAUAACCUUACUAAGCUUCCAGAUGAACUGUUUGAUUUGCCCAAACUCAGUAAACUCAGUGUUGAAGGAAACAAGAUAUCAGAGCUAUCCCCAAACAUUUGCCAGCUUCAUUCUUUGAAACUUCUCUUGAUUAUGGAGAACAGGCUGAUCACUUUGCCAGAAGAAAUCAGAAAUUUAUCAAACUGCAUCCAUAUCAAUUUGUUUGAUAACAAACUUACAUAUCUUCCUCGCUCUAUCAUCGAAAUGCCAAAGCUUGAAACUUUAAUUGUGGAUGGGAACAAUAAUCUGCGGAAUCCACCUCUAGAUGUCUGCUCUCGCGGCCUUGACAGUAUCAGGGGCUAUUUCGAAACCCUAGAUGCCCAGGAUGUGAAUACAGAGACAGUUGAUUCACAGCGUUUGGAGGUUGUCCUUUUGGGUGAAUCAGGAGCUGGAAAGUCAAGUCUUGCCUAUGCUCUUGUUCAUGCAAAAGCACUUCUGCACCCAGAUAAUGAAGCACACAGUACAGUGGGAGUGGAUUUCUUUAAUUGGAGACCAUUUGCCAGUGUCAUAGAGUUUCAUAUUGUGGAUUGUGCAGGGCAGAGGCGGUACCAGUUGACACAUCCAUUUUUUUUGUCCUCAGGUAAAGAUAAUUACUGUUACUUAAGUUUUAGAUAUAAUCCGCCCUGAUUUUUUUUCAGGCUUUAUUUUCACUACUGCCUAAGUAGUGUUCAUUACUGCAAAGAAUUUAUUAAUCUGCAGUUCACUAUAUGAUUUUUAUAUAUUCACAGUGACCAUCUCCCAAUUUGCUUGUUAGCUCAGUUGGCAGAGCACUGCACUGGUAUUGCAGAGGCCAUAGGUUUAACUCCUGCACAGGCCUGAAUAUUUUACAGGCAUUAUUUUCAUUACUGCUUAUUAUAAGUAGUUUUUUGUAACUGGGAACUUCAAGAUCACUCUGAUAGUCAGAAAAGUACUGUGUUAAAGAUAAUGUUGUAGCAUUCCAACAUGAUGUAAAACUGCAGUCUCAAUGAUACAGUAUAUUUCUUUUAGUUUUAUACCAGAAUGUAGAUGUAAUGACUUUUCUUGUAUUUCUUUUCAUUACCGUUUUAGAGGCCCUACAUAUCUUGGUCGUGGAUCUCUUUAAGUAUGAACCAACUAAAAGCUGUUUUCAGAAGACUGUUGGUGAUUGGCUGGAUCUGGUCACAUCACGCAUCUUGAAGCCAAGGAUAAUGAUUGUGCCCACUCAUUUGGAUAAGUUUGACCCCAGUGAUACCAGCACUGUUAUUUGCUGCUGUAAGGACAUCUUGAAGCGAGUGCAAGAUUACUGCAAAGGUCAAAAAGCUCUGAUUGAGUAUGAAAUUUCAGAAAAAAGGAAGAAAGGCCUUAAGAAUCCUUUGAAGGGAGGCUCAAACCCAGAGUGGAAGAUAAACAACCCUCCAAUUAUUUCUUCUGUUCUACAUCAUGCUUUUUAUGAUGCUUUGCAGGUAAAAUACUCACAAAUAACGUGCAUGAACAUGAGUGUUUGAGUGGACAAUAGAUCAGCUGUCAAUUAAACUACAUUUCAUUAGGAACAUAGCUGAGACAUUUUCCAAAUCCUCACCAGUUGGUCAAAUGACACCUUGAUUUAAUUCAAUAUUUAAUGUACUUAUGGUUAUUCAUAUUGUUUUAGAUUUGUGUAUGUGCUUUGUCAAAUAGAGGAUGCUUACUGGGGCCUUGGCAUAAAUCGAUUUGUUUGGAUCUGGGAAGUUUUAAUUUUGGUCACUAUUUUUGUGAACAGUAUAUUUCAAUUUGAUUGUGCUUUCUCCAGGAGCCACCCCCAACUGAGCCAGUUUGCAACACAAGUUACAUCGCCAUGGUACCUGUUAGUAAUGUCAGUGAGCUAACUGGGAUAAAUGCGUUACAAGAUGAGAUCAUACGUAUUGCUGAAGAUAGAGAACUCUUUCCAUCUGUUGGCAGAGAUUUGCCUGAAGAGUGGGUCAAACUUGAAGUGGCAUUGAGGAAGAGUAGAGAAAAUGACCAGGUUCAAAUGUUUAUUUUUCCGCUAUUAAAAAUUAUGAUACAAUGUAGGCUUGAACAGCUAGUUACUGUAAACCCAUUUAUUACUCCCUCCUACUGAUUUCAGCAGUAAUGAAAAUGGUAAUAAAAGAUAUUGACAAAGACAAGGAUUUACUGGAAGAAUUGGCAAUAUUUUCCAUGAAUAAUGUCUUUCAUUUCAAGCCAACUACACAUAGCCUUUUGUUUUUGUUCGCCUAUUAGAGAGUUCCACCAUUCUUGGCUUUGUCAAAAAUCUUCUUCUUUUUCCCACAUAACAUACACUGUCAGUUAUACUUAAGGGGAAAGAAAGCUAUCUUAAUUUGAAAUCUAUAGAGAUAUUAAAGGCACAUUGAAGGUAAUAUACUGACUUUUUUAUGUAAGGAAGUCUAUAAACAUGCUGUGAGAUCAAUCGUGAAGUACUUUUUUUUAUUCUGAAGUGAUCUCUUCUAAAAUUUACAGGUUCGUUGUAUGUCUUAUGGAGAUUUUGAAAAGUUUGCCAGAGAACACACUGGUCUUUCUAAGAUGGGAUUGCGCUCAGCAGUAACAUAUCUGGAUUCAAUUGGCGAAUUGCAUUAUUACAAGGAUAUUCCUUCAUUGCACAAGAAUGUGUUCAUUGAUCUUCGAUGGCUGGCAAAAUUGGUGAAGUGCCUUUUCCGACAUGACCUGCAGGAGACAUUGAACUUUGAUGAAAGCUUUCAAAGGUUUGGGAUGAUUCGUGGGUAUUUUGAUGAACUCAAGAAAAACCUUAUUCAGGAAGCAAAGUUGUCAAAGGCUCUCUUGAGGUAACUAUCUAUUUAUAAGUGCUUAAGAGAAGGAAAAAAAUUGUUCUGUUCUCACUCAAUUUCAAUUGUUUUUUUAGCAAACCAUUAAGAGCAGGUGAAGGAAAGGAGAAGAAAAGACUACUGUUAAGGAAAUAAAAUAUAACUGAUGGUCCUAAAUGCCUUUCUUCCUGUCAUAAUAACAAAAACUGCAGACCGAAGGCAUGUUGGGUGAAAUCUCUUGUAAAAUUGCUUUAUCAUUGACCCAGUAGACAAGAAACUUGAAGCACUGCCAAAUUAGUUCUUUGCACACUAACCAUAGAAGAAAUGAAAGACUUUGUUUUUUUUUGCUGAAAAAGAUGUAAUGCUGUUGAGUUGAAGGAUGUUAUUAUUGGCUGCAUGUCAUAAAUUAGCAUAUUUCUAUGUUUGGUUUGGACAGUGAAAGGUUGCAACUGAAUAAAUUGUGGGACUUCAUUGUUGUUCUAUGUCCAUUAAGAUAAAUAUUUCUGCUCAGGCCAUAUCAUUUGACCCAUGACCUUGAGUCUGGAACAUGAAAAUAAUGUUUUGAAAAUAGUCUGGAAAAAGUCAUGAUUUUUGUUCUUAUAAAUGUGUACUAAGCCAGUAAUGAAGAAUUCCCCAUCCUUUGUUUAUACAAAUAAUACCUUAAGUUCUGAUGGUGAGAAAUUACAUAUCAUCAGAAAAAAACUUAAGGGGUCACUAUUUGGUAGAAAAAAUGUUCAUCUCAACAAUAGGGUGAAUGGUUUCAUUUUAUCUUAUCUGACCUUUGAAUUACUGCCAAUUUAUCUGUUUACAUCAUUGACUUUCAUUGACAAUUGGUUGACUGAUCAUAAUACCUCAUUGCCUUUAAUUUGUGGAUGCACAGCGCUCAGAAAAAAUGUCUGCCCUCAACAGCAGGCUUGUCAUUCCAUAUUUAUCCCCUCCUCCUCUCUCACAGUGUUAGUUUUUAUUGUCCCUUUCACUUCAAACAUUCAUGUUAUUCCUGCUGAGUUCUUGCUUCUCCUUUAUAGUUUAAAGGGGUCUGCUUGGCAGGCUAAAGGAUUUUCUGGCAAUAAACAAUAUUAGAGGGAAAGGAGGAAAAGGGAACACCCUAACUUGUAAAAGUGUGGGCUGUAUCCUUAGUUUUGCAUUUUAUGUACUAUAGUUAUUCAUAUUGUUUAUCGAACAACCUUGCCAGUUAAAAAAAAAAAAAAGUGCAUUUGAUGUGUCUUGUCUGAUUUUUCAGAUGUCUCUGGGCAGAGAUUGAACUAGAUGAAGCCAUGUUUCUCCAGAUGGUCGAACUUCUUCAUCAUCUUGGUCUUGCAUGUCAUCUACCUACAGUUGAUCCUGACAACUUUGACCUUUUAGUUCCUUGGUUUUUGACUGAUUAUCCUGAUGAAGUUGAAGGUCUGUCAGAAAACCUGACUGAUGAUAAGGUGAAGGCUUGACUUCUUGUUCAGGGUGGUAUUUAUGAAUUCAAAGAAUUUGUGCACUAGUAGCUGGAGUGAUAAAUGGAAGAAUGUAUAAGGUGGUUGUUACUAGGGUACUUUCAACCCUGGUUUUCAUUAGUUUCACUAACUUCACUCUUUCACUCCCAAGAUCUCAAUAAUUUUUUUAGCCAUACAACUCUUAUGAUGUCAGUUUGGAGAAUUAUCAUUGGAUCAACUAAUAAUCCCUUAUGUUUCUUCAUUCUCAUCACUUGUCUGUUUGAUAUGUACUGAUAUUGUAAGGAGAAAUCCUUUCUUGGUCACUCAUGGGAGUUAAAGGGUUAAGCAUUAGGUUAACCACAACAGUCCAUCAGAAGAUUGAUAAAUAUAUGGACCUGAAGGUUUUGCACAUGCAGGUGCCCACAUUCAAGCAGAUUUUAAUGGUAAAAUAAAGUGCUUCUGUUGUUUUUGAAAACCAAGCUCCAUUCUUAAUAUCUGUUUUUAAUAUUUUAAUUAACUGUCCCCCUUGUAGCAAUGGCUGCUUAGUGAUGAAAUGUGUGUUUUGAUCAUAUGUUCUUUGGUCUCUAGGUAGAGAUCAACUUGCUGUUUAUGAUGUCCUACUUACCCCCUGGUUUGUUUGAUCGCUUACGUGUUCGCUGCUGUUCACUGGUAUUCGACUUUUACAACUGGAAAGAUCACUUGCUGUUGUUUGGGAAUAAUGAAAGAAUCCUGAUUCAUAAACAUAGUUACCCUGCAGGAGCUGAUUCAAGCUCACCAGCCAUUUACAUCAAAGGAAGAGGGAUAAAGGCAGAAUUAAAUUCACUGUGGAAAAUUCUUUUGAACAUUUUUGAGGUAAAGUCUGCGUAUGAAAUUACUUUGCACAGCUGUCAAACCUUCUACCUGUUUUCAAAGCAUUAAGCAAACAGUGUGGUACUCUCAUGCUUGAUUUGAUUAUGAUGCAUCACCAAUACCAAAACUGCCUCCCUCUUACAGUAUUUAUUUAGGUUUUGCUGAAAGUUUGCUGGAACCAGUCACAUUUCUGUGAGGAGAAAGGCCCUCUAAUUAUCACCCUGACCAAGGCUUAAACCCCAGUAUGUGUUGGCCAUUAAGCCUCUGUAUCUCCUGAAAAAAUAAUUGGCUAGAUGUAACAGAAUAGGUGGCAUAGUCUUCUUGAAGGUAGAGGGUGAAUGUCCAAAUUAAAAACUUUUCUUGUCUUCUUUUGGGAAAGAAAUUUCAUGAGAUGUUCCCUUUCAUGUUUUUGAACUUACAGCCUGCUUUCUAUUGGAAACUAUUGCAAACACAGUACCAAAACUGAUAAUUUCAUUUUAGGAGACAGAUGCCCUGUUAACUGAAUGGCAAAGACUGAGUGUUCAGCGUUUUGCUCUGUGCCCACCAUGUACACAGAAAAAGAAGGCCAACCCAUGUCUCUUCCAAUGCAACUGGAUGAGCUCUGCUUCAGCAAGAAAGCACAGUUGGCCUCGGACCACUAAGAUAUGCAAUGCAGGGCCAGGUAUCCUCCGUGGAGAAAAGUUUGAUGCCAACCUCAUCUUUCCUCCUCCUGGUGAGUUAUUAAUAGUUUUUCAAAGGUGGAAUAUAAAAGUUAUUUUUGGUACAAGAGAUAGCUGUUAAAUGAAAGUGUGCCUGCCAAAAUCUCCUUGAUGUGUGCAUUUCAUCCAAUCAAAAACACAAAUUCCUCAACGUGUUUUCAUCAAAAGGAACAAGUGGAGUACACGAAUUGGAGAGUAAAAGGAGAAAAAAAAAUGAAUGUUCAAUUGUUUGUCUUACAAUGUUAGAGUCAGGCAAAUCAAUUGUAUUGAUUAUGAACUUUCCACUGCUAUACUACUACUCCCUUAUAUGAAGUAGCAAAGCAAUUUUUUCAAGUAUUUAGGAAUUCUUCAAAACAAGGUCUUCAGUACAGAUUGAAAUUAUUGGUGUAUCAACUCUGUUAAAUUUGUUUUAUUUUUAUUAAGUGAAUAAUUCAUCUAAUUAAUUUGAUAAGAAUCACAUUCAAAAUCAGUUAGCAAUUUUUCAAGUUAUCUGUAAUAGUAUUUGGCUAGUCUUGUGUACAGUAUUACAUCAUGCAAUUUAGUGCUAUGUACUUGUUGACUUAGAGGGAUGGCCAGCAGUCAAGUAUUUGGCUCUUGGUCAUGAUAUAAGUUUAAAGUGCAGCAAGGUGUAUGUCAUGAUGGAGAGCUAAGUAUUUUCCCCCUCUGCCUACUUGGUCUGCUUGAGAAACUGUUUGUAAUUUAUUUCGUGUUUCCUUUCAGACAUUGUAAAUCAAUUACUUGAUUCUAAAUGGCUACAACUUCCGAAGCCAGGUAAAUGUCACCUUUGCGCAAUUUAGAGCACUGUUAUCCCUCAAUAUAAUAAAUUGUAAAACCUUGAAAUUUAAACAGCAUUGAUUUGGGUUGUGUAUGAAUAUGUGAAUAUAAUUUUGUUGUCAACAAGUUAAUCAUUGAUAGAAUUACCUAGGUUAUCAGAUAAUUUUUAAGUUGGCAACUUUUUUAAGUUGCUGUAAAUUUUUUAUCCCAUCUUUUACCAAAAGUCCUGCCAAAAACACAAAAUACAAUAUUGUACAUAGAUGGUGAAUUAUAGUACUACCAGCCACUUUUGAUAAGCCUGAGUUACAGCCCUAAGCCACAUUGUUCAAAGCUGGUUUAAGACAACCUAGGAUCUUUGUGAAAUUUCAUUUCAGAUCCGAAAGCUUUAAAUCAAAAUUCAGUUUAAUUACUUUUGUCUACAAUUUGAUGACUGGAUGCUCUAAAAAGAAAAGAAGAAAGUAUUCCAAAAAUACUUUUGAAUGGAUAAAUGAAGAAACCCUAGCAUAACUCUAAUCUACCUUCAAACAACUGGACCCUGGGCUGCAUUGGAAAAAUUAUGAAACAGACUUAAGAGAUCCACUUAAUGUCUUCCUUAGAAUGAGGAAGUCACUUCUGAGACAACUGCUUCUUUUAUGGCAUUACACUUUAGGAGCCUAGGAUAGAAUGCACCCUGCCCCUUCUAACCUGAUACCCCUACAGUCAAGCCAGAAGAUCUGAGGCCUUUGUAGAGUAGGACCUUUGGUGUUCCCAAAAUUUUUAAGGGGUUAGAUGUUUUGUUGUCAAUUGUUUUGGUGCUAGGUUUGGUAAGGUUAGGCUCUGAAAUUUCUCAACAGUUUACAAGCAUAUCAUGUCCUAAGGGGUUGGUGGGGUGGCUGGAAGGUUUGAGAGCAAAUUAUUUUGCAGGAUGGAGAGGAGUAGGUUAACUAACCAGUAUAUCAUCUUGAAUUUAAUACUCUCUUUUAUUUGUAGUUUCAGAAAUUGUCCCUGACUCCCUCAUUGCAGACCUCUCUCAAAAAAUUCCUAAGGAAUGGAAGCUAUUGGCAAGUUAUUUGGAUUUGAACGCUGAUCAUGUUGCCACUAUUGAUCAAGAAAAUACCAUAAUUGCUGAAAAGGUUAUUGCCAUGUUCAAUGCAUGGAAACAUGCGCAGGGAGCAAAUGUAACUCGCAGUAAACUAGUGACUGCUUUGGUUGAUGUUGGAAGAAAAGACUUAGCUGAAAAAGUUCUCACCUACCAGAAGGAAUGAUUCUUUUUCUUAGUGUGGCAGAGAAGGUAAUGGUUUCAAACAGGGACGGGAUGGAAAGGAGACUGCAAAAUUUAAAGCUACUGUUUUUUAAAAGAUAAACUUGAUGGCAUUUUUGCUUAAGGGGGUGUUAAAAUUAACUUGAUUCUUGGAGACAAUUCUGUUUUAUGAGCAAGGGACUACAAGACCUUUGAGCAUGUUGAGGAAGGAAGGAAUAAUUAUUAUUUAAUUCUAAGGUGGAAAUGGUUUAAUCAACAUUAAAUAAUUCUUUAAAUUUAUUGAAUAGGAUUUUUUUUUGAUAAUGCCAAUGAUUGAUGGAAACCUAGAAAAAAUAAAGAUAAAUGGAGUUUUCUAAAAUAUGACAAUAUUUUAUUGGUUGCUUUUCUUUUUUACCUGUAGUUGUGAAACUGAUUGUAUAGUUUUGUGUGGUUUUUAUAUGUUUUGACAUAGUUUAGAUUAGUUUAAAAUUAUUUUAUUCACACCAGGAAAUUAACUGGCUUUGUGGAGAUGAAUUUCAAAAGCAUCAAGUCACUGGCAACAGAGCUGAAACACAUCAGCACAUGUCGGUGACUUUUGCCGGCUUGUGCUUGAAACGAUGGGAACAUCAGCCUUAAAUGCUGGAAUUGUGGAAAAUUGUAAAGGAGUGAGGUUUACUCCCCAAGUUAAGACAAAAGCAGAGAAAUCAUUUGUUUCAGACAGUCCUUUAAACUGUGAACUGCUGCACUGUGAUUUCAAAAAUGUGCUUUGUGUAGGCUGAGCUACA